CUCAGAAAUAACCCACCCCCUCCCUCUGUUCUUCUCUCUCAUCCGUCCUCCUCCGCUGUCUGCCCGGAGGACCCCCACCCUCCUCUGCAAGAUCAUUUCGUCCAUGCUCCUGAGACGGUGAAUUGUUCAACCCGAAAGGCAGAGCGAAGAACAAGACCCGGUUUAACCUGCGAUAAUGUUCAAACUGGAAGGACUCGGGCCUAAAAUGGACCCAGAGGAGAUGAAGAAGAAAAUGCGACAAGAUGUCGUCUCAUCUAUACGAAACUUUCUUAUUUACGUUGCCCUUCUCCGAGCCACCCCAUAUGUUUUAAAGAAGCUGGACAGCAUAUGAGUGGAGCACCGGGUCUCUUCCACUGAGAGUUUACGGCAUCAGAGACAGAUCGGCUCAUCAGCAGCAGACAACUGGACCCAUGACAGCUACUUGUGUUGGAGACCACCAGAGUCUGUCCAUCACUGCACCCGAGGAAUCACCUUCGUUCCCAUUUCUCCUCAUUUAUUCCGUGUUGUGACCUUUAGUGAGCCUUUGUUGUUAAACAUAUUGUCAUUAUUGUUAAAUGCAAAGUGUGAGUAUGUUUGUCGCCACAUUAAAAGGAACCUAUGUUUAUUUUGUUGGUUUGUUUUUACAUGGCAGAUCUGCUAUGUCCUGAACAUAUUGUACAUACACUGUAAAACUGCAUUACAAAUGUAGACUCUAGGGUCAACAAUUUCAUGAAUGAGUUUUAAAUGUUAAUGUAAUCAUGAAAUCAAGGAAAAAUAAAAACACAGACCAAGAAAAGGUUGGCAAAUGUU